GUGAGUGCGCGUUGCUUGCUCUCCGUUUAACCUCCGAAAAGAAGAGCGGCUCGAGGCGACUCAACACGGCUCUCUCUCUCUCUCUCUCUCUCUCUCUCUCUCUCUCUCUCUCUCUCCCUCUCUCGCCCCCUGCUCCCUCCUCUUCCUCCUCCACCUCCCUCCCUCCCUCCUCUUCCUCCUACCUGAUUCAGAUCCGCUCGAGCGCUGCUAUGCGUAUGAGCGCGUCUCUCUCUGCAAGCCGAGCCCCACCGGAGAGACCCGCUCCCCGCUCCCCGCUGCCUCUCCUGCCCGUGCCGCUGCUGCUGACCGCCGGCCCCCAGAGCUCCAGAGCGCCGGGCUGACGAGCCACCAAAGCCGGGCAACAGGAGCUGCUGUGCGGACGCUGCCUCUGAUUGAAGCUCCACCACCGGGGGGGGGGAGAGAGGAGAGAGAAGGAGGAAGACAUUAACUGGAGAAGCCUCCUGGAUAGAGAGAUUGGCGAGAGUGUGGCGUCCCGGAGCCGACCGUCCCAUCCGUCGUCCUCUCCUCUUCUCUAGCUCACACCUCCCAGAACGCCGCUCCCUUUCUCCACCUCUGUUAUCUGAACGUUCUCCUCCUCACAUUCACCUGAGAGACCGUCAUGGCGUCCAAGCUGAACCCCAACGUCCUGUAUGUGGCGGAGCACGGGGAGUCGCUGGGGUCACCUCAGGGCGACUCAGAGAGGACACAUAUUGCUGGAGAGGCAGGAGAAGAGUCUUCAGACAGUGACGGAGAGCAAGAAGAGACGUCGCACAAGCUGAUCCGCAAAGUGUCGACGUCGGGACAGAUACGGGCCAAGAAGAGUGUGAAGGAGGGGAUCCUGUUGAAGCAGACCAGUUCCUUCCAGAGAUGGAAGAGGAGGUACUUCAAACUCAGAGGGAGGACCCUGUACUAUGCCAAAGACUGCAAGUCUCUAAUCUUUGAUGAAGUGGACCUAUCGGACGCCAGUGUGGCCGAGACCAGCACCAAGAACAUCAACAACAGCUUCACGGUGAUUACUCCAUUUCGCAAACUGAUGUUAUGUGCCGAGAGCAGGAAGGAAAUGGAGGACUGGAUCGGGGCUCUUAAAUCCGUCCAAAAAUGGGAAACCUACGAGGCCAGCCAGUUCAACAUGGAGCAUUUCUCCGGGAUGCACAACUGGUACGCCUGCUCGCACGCCAGACCGACCUUCUGCAACGUCUGCAGGGAGGCUCUGCCGGGGGUCACCUCCCACGGCCUCUCCUGUGAAGUCUGUAAGUUCAAGGCACACAAGCGCUGUGCAGUUCGCUCCACCAACAACUGCAAAUGGACCACGCUGGCCUCCAUAGGAAAUGACAUCAUCGAGGACGAGGAAGGGGUGUUCAUGCCUCACCAGUGGCUGGAGGGCAACCUGCCAGUGAGCGCUAAGUGUGUGGUGUGUGACAAGAACUGUGGCAGCGUUCGGCGGCUGCAGGACUGGCGCUGCCUGUGGUGCAAGGCCAUCGUCCACAACAGCUGUAAAGAACAAAUGGGAAAGGUGUGUCCCCUGGGUCACUGCAGAGUGUCCAUCAUUCCUCCCACUGCACUUAACAGCAUCGACUCAGACGGCUUUUGGAAAGCCACCUCGGCGUCGUGCUCCAGUCCCCUCCUCGUCCUGUGCAACUCCAAAAGUGGAGACAACCAGGGCGUGAAGUUCCUCCGCAAGUUCAAGCAGCUUCUCAACCCGGCUCAGGUGUUUGACCUGAUGAACGGAGGACCAGAGCUCGGCCUGCGCCUUUUCCAGAAGUUUGUGACGUUUCGUAUCCUGGUGUGUGGGGGAGACGGCAGCGUGGCCUGGGUGCUCUCGGAGCUGGAUAAACUCAACCUCCAUAAACAGUGCCAGCUGGGUGUGCUGCCUCUGGGUACGGGUAACGAUCUGGCCCGGGUCCUCGGCUGGGGAGGCCUGUGUGAUGACGACGCUCAGCUGCUGCAGAUCCUGGAGAAACUGGAGAGAGCCACCACCAAGAUGCUGGACCGAUGGAGUGUGAUGACUUACGAGGUGCCCACCAGCGCCAAACGCACGCCGAUCGUGAAGGAAGACGACAGCCUCGAUUCUCCUCUGCAGGUCCACAUCACUCAGUAUGCAGACUCCGUGGCCUCCCACCUCGCCAAGAUCCUGGACUCAGACAGGCACAGUGAUGUCAUUUCCUCCGCCAAGUUCCUGUGUGGGACGGUGAACGAUUUCGUGGCGGAGGUGGGGAAGGCGUACGAGAGAGCCACAGAGAACAAGGAGGAGGCCGACGCCAUGGCAAAGAAGUGUGCUUUGCUGAAUGAGAAGCUGGAUUCCCUCGUCAAGGCCUUAAGUGAAGAAGCAGAGGCUCAGGUGGUGCCUGCAGGGUCAGUGCCCAGCCAGGAGAGUGAAAGCUCAAGCCCAGGGGAGAGUGGGGGCGAAUCGGGUUCAGAGGGUAAAACGUACCGGUCCAAGGAGCAGCUGAUGCUCCGGGCUAACAGCCUGAAGAAAGCCCUGAGGCAGAUCAUUGAACAGGCGGAGAAAGUGGUGGACGAGCAGAACCGACACACGCAAGUCCAGAGGAUGUCGUCCUCGUCCUCCAUCAAGAGAGAAAACAGUGAAGAGCUGAAGGAUGCUGAGCAGCGUCCAGGAAGUCUAAGUCCUACCUCCCCCAUCGUUCUUGAGAAAGCAGAGAGCCUCCACACCGUCACCUUCAACGAGGACUCUGUACAAUGUUCGGAGAAGUGCGUCAUGAACAACUACUUCGGCAUCGGCCUUGACGCAAAGAUUUCUCUCGAGUUCAACAACAAGAGAGACGAGAACCCUAAAAAAUGCAGUAGUCGCACCAAGAACAUGAUGUGGUACGGAGUCCUGGGGACUAAAGAGCUGGUCCAGAAGACGUACAAGAACCUGGAGCAGCGAGUUCAGUUGGAGUGUGACGGCGUUCCCAUGUCUCUGCCGAGUCUGCAGGGCUUGGCUGUGCUCAACAUCCCCAGCUAUGCAGGCGGUAUCAACUUCUGGGGAGGCACUAAGGAGGAUAAUAACUUUGGCGCUCCGUCUUUCGACGACAAGAAGCUGGAGGUGGUGGCGGUGUUUGGGAGCAUGCAGAUGGCCAUGUCCAGGGUCAUUAACCUGCAGCAUCAUCGCAUCGCACAGUGUCGACAGGUGAAGAUCACCAUCCUCGGGGAGGAGGGGGUUCCUGUGCAGGUGGACGGAGAGGCCUGGAUCCAGCCGCCCGGCAUCGUCAAGAUCGUCCACAAGAACCGAGCACAGAUGCUCACCAGAGACAGAGCGUUCGAGAGCACCCUGAAGUCAUGGGAGGACAAGAGGAAGUUCGACAGCUACCGCGCCUCCCGGCCUCGCCUCAACUCGCAGCAGUCCAUGGAGUACCUGACGGAGGAGGAGUGCGCUCAGGUCCAGCAGCUGGGACUCGUGGCCGACACUCUUAUCAAUAAGAUCCGAGAAGCAGCCAAGACCCACAAGCUGGUGGAGCAGGAGCUGGCUCACGCCGUCAACGCCACCGCCCUGGUGCUCACUGAGGCCAAACUGUCCAGCCCUGAGUUUCUGAGUCGCAGCACGGCGGUGGAAAUCGUCAACAGCAGUAAAGUCCUGCAGGCGGAGACCAGGAUGCUUCUGGACGGAAAACUCCUGUCGGAGUGUCCAGAGGAAGAGGAGCUCCGGUCGACUCUGAACAGCCUCAGCGCCGAACUCCACAAACUGGACGACAUCCACUGGAUCUGUCCGCUGAUGCAGUGCUCCGAAGAGGACUCGGUGAGGGGCAGCACAAAGAGCAGCAGCAGCAGCAGCAGUAUGAAGCUGAAGAUCAUCCCCAAGGUGAAGAAGGAGAGAGAGAAGCUCCACAAGCAGAAGUCCAACAGCUCUCUCUCAGGAACUUGGGACGUCAAAGGCGGGGCUGCUGAGGCGGACUCUCCGGGCAACUGAAGCCCUCCACUGGGUGUUUUUACUACCUUGAGAAUCAGGUGUGAGAAGCUGACUGACCGCGAUACCCGUUGGCCUGAGAGGUGCGAGGAAGAAAAGGAAAAAAAAAAAACAUCUUCUCAACUUUGACGCCAUUUCCUCCACGUUUGAAGUUCCUUCAUCCCCUCCCUCAGUGUCCCUCAGAGGAUGAAGGUGUUGUUCCUUUUGUUUUAUUUCACAUGUUUUGAAGGGGGCCUGGCUUUGCAUCGCAGUGUUCUGCUUUCGGUUCUGUUUAACCUGCUUGAGUUAGGAUGUUGUCGCGGCCAGCAGCACAUCAACGGAGAAAAAAGAAGGCGUGGAAGAAACAAGUUCUUCCAUUUUUUUUUUUGGGUUUGUUUUUUUUUUUUGACGAAGAAAUGUGUUUACGUGGUGCUCUCUUUGCAUGUCGAGCGCACCCAUCUUGUUUUAUAUCUCUGAUAAGUUGCAAACCUUUUACUUCUCUGCUUUAGACCCUUUUAUUCUUAACUUUACAGCCUUCGGACUUUGAUUUUUUCUUGAGACUUGGGGGGAGAGUAUUUAUUUCUUGUUGCUACUGCCAUGAGAACUCAAAACGGCAACAAGUCAAGAAACACGAACAAACUGAAACAUCUCGACGUUAUCGUCUAACUGAACUGGGAAAUAUCUUAAAUGUUGCAAAAACUAUUCUGAGGAAUGUACUUGUGUGGACUUGUAUUAUUUACCUGUGAAUAACGAUAAUGUUAAAAUGAUACAUCAUAUAAGAUUUCACAAAGGUUCUAUUGUUGUGGUUCUAAAGUGGUUCUUAAAUAGGCUGUUGUCUGACUUGUGCUAUCUGAGGCUAUGCAGCCACACUGCAAGAAGAAUCUUAAUAACAAGUCACUUCAUCUGAAAUCAGGCGCAUGACGAAUGUACGACUGCAGGAUAUAACGUACGGUACAACCUUCAGUUAUCAACGUAUGCUGGAGUCCAUAAUUGAGUCCACUUUCCCACAUUUCAAGGACAAUGUGGAGGUUUUGUUCCAGAUGAAGUGACCCUGUAAGUCCGAUUUUUCUGCAGUGUAAGGUGAAGGUGUUUACAGAAGGAGGAAGCAUCAAGGAUGCAUUAAGGAAACAUUACAGCUACUCAGUAUAUUACUCCUUCUUUGCCAUACUGCUGAUUGUAUAUGUAAUAGAAGAAUAAGAGUCAGUGGAUAUUUGAGUUUGCCUUGUCUGUGGUUAAGAGCUAUUAUAGUUAUUAUAUGAUUAUUACCGCAAAAAAUAUAUCUAUUUUUUUGUAUAUCUUAUUUUCCAAAUGCUGAUCGGCUUUGCUGCUUCCCCCUUUGACAAACUCCUUGGCCACUGUGCAUAUAAUCAGCGCCAAUUAAUGCUGUUCUGUGUGUCCCUGCAUGCAAACUUAGCCCUACGUCGCCUCACAGGGAGAGAAGAAGACGCCUCAACAUGAUAGAUUUUAGCUUGUUUCUUUGACCAGCAGCACAUGCAUUUUUAACUCCUUACAAACUCUGCUUUCCACACCAGACAGUCCAGGCUUCAGACUUUAAGAAGGUAUUGAUGUAAACCCUGAGUGUCCAUCAUCACAACUUCAUACUUCGGAUUAUAAUCUGCCCUAGCUGUGGACAAAUCUCAUGCAAGAGCUUGUCUUGAAUACAUGUGCUGCUUUGUGGAACGGGUCAAAAUUUACAAAAGAUUACAAAAGUUUACGAAUGUUUACGAUUUCCAGAAGUACAUUCUACCAUGGUUUACAGAUUUUGAAAGAAAUGUUCUGACAUUUUGGGAAAUGUCUUUAACUUAACGAGAAAAUGUAAAUAUUGUAAGUUUUCCGAAGGAGUUGACAAGACAGAGCUUCUAUUUGCUAAGCUUGGCAAAAAGAAUGAAAAACUGGGACCAAAUGUCAAUUUUAAAGAAAAAAAAAACGCCUCAAAAUGAGCUCCCAAAAUGUGCUCUUAAGCUACCGUUACAGCGAUUCCCAAUCUGUGGUACGUACGCCAAAAAUUGGCAAUCCAUGUGGCCUUCUUUGUUUAAGUCAAUUACAAAUUGCCUAAUUCUGAACCCAGAAACUUAUUUAGUUUCAGAUAUUUGACGAUUUUGGAUUAACGUUUUCAUUACAAUGAUGGGAAAGUUCAAUGUAAUCCGAAGCAUAUUUAAGUUACAUUAACGUUAGCUUAAUGCGGUCAGAUUCAGUCGUGUCUUAAAGGCGUGUUGCAAAAUAGUUUCUUUAUUAAAUACAAUAAGUUAUUUUGUAAGUCUCUGAGUUUUCAGUUCUUUCUCAUGAGCUAAUGUUAGCUAAUAAAGCUAGCUAGCUUAACUGGUGAUGAGGCUAACUCUGCAACGAAUGGAAAUUGUCUAAGAUGAUAAGAAGCAAGAUUAAUCGUGAGUCAAAUACUACCUAAUGUCUCGUAAGAGUUAGCAUAAGAGCUAUCAUAAGAUGGUACCUUAAAGAAUCGUAGAAAAUAAGUUAUUUUCAGGUUACGCAAAUAACCUGAAGUUGAUUUUUUGUGACGAAAUCGUUUCACUUUGAAACUGAGAAAACAAGAUGUAAAGACAUUAGCGCUGGGAUUUGACUUAAGAUUAAACAUUCAAGCUGUUACCGUUAGCUUUAACAUUUCAUCCCGGACAGGGUUUUUUCUAACUCACGUACAGGUUCACCUCUUGUUUUUCGUUAAUCAAACCAACCCUUGAUAGUUCGGACUUCCUGUGAGGCAGUCCAAGUGGCCUUCUUUGUUUAAGUCAAUUACAAAUUGCUCAAUUCUGCACCUAGAAACUUGCUUAGUUUCAGAUAUUUGACGAUCUUUGAUUAACACUUUCAUUUCAAUGAUGGGAAAGUUAGUUGUAAUCCGAAGCAUAUUUAAGUUACUUUAACGUUAGCUUAACGCAGUCAGAUUCAGUCGUGUCUUACAGGCGUGUUGCACGUUUCACGAAUAGUUUCUUUCUUCUUCUUUAAAUACAAUAAGUUAUUUUGUAAGUCUCUGAGCUUUCAGUGCUUUCUCAUGAGCUAAUGUUAAGUAAUUAAGCUAGCUAGCUUAACUAGUGAUGAGGCUAACUCUGCAACGAAUGGAAAUUGAUUUUUCAUGGUUAAGUUGUCUUAUUUGUUAGCGCAUAUUUUUAAACUUCUAAGAUAAGAAGCAAGAUUAAUCGUGAGUUAAAUACUAGCUAAUGUCUCGUAAGAGUUAGCAUAAGAGCUAUCAUAAGAAGGUACCUUAAAGAAUCUUAAAGAAUAAUUUAUUUUUACAUUACGCAAAUAAACUGAAGUUGGUGUUAAAAAAUUUCAUCACUUUGAAGCUGAGAAAACAGGAUGUCAAGACGUUAGCACUCAGAUUUGACUCACGAUAUUUGACGAUUUUGGAUUAACGUUGUCAUUACAAUGAUGGGAAAGUUAGUUAUAAUUCGAAGCAUGUUUAAGUUACAUCAACGUUAGCUUAACGCAGUAAUAUUCAGUCGUGUCUUACAGGCGUGUCGCACGUUUCACAAAAUAGUUUCUUUAUUAAGUCUCAUGAGCUAAUGUUAAGUAAUUAAGCUAGCUAGCUUAACUGGUGAUGAAGCUAACUCUGGAAAUUGAAUUUUCAUGGUUAAGUUGUCUUAAGAUUUUAAGACAGAUAUCUGUUAGCGCAUAUUUUAAAAAAUCUAAGAUUAGUCGUGAGUCAAAUACUAGCUAAUGUGUCGUUAGAGUUAGCAUAAGAGCUAUCAUAAGAAGGUACUUUAAAGAAUUAUGCAAAUAAUCUGAAGUUGUUUUGUUGUGAAGAAAUCGUAUCACUUUGAAACUGAGAAAAAAAGGAUGUAAAGACGUUAGCACUCAGAUUUGACUCACGAUUAAACAAUCAAGUUGUUACCGUUAGCUUUAAUAUUUCAUCCCCGGACAGGGUUUUUUCUAACUCACGUACAGGUUCAGCUAUUGUUUUUCAACCCCUUGAUAGUUGUGACUUCCUGUGAGGCGCCGUAGAUGUUCAGCUCUGGUAGGAUUGUGCUACUGUAUCCAUAGUGUGCCAGCUUUACGCUCUACACCUUAGAGGCUUUAGUGGUGUUGUGCCAAGUUUGUACUGAGUUCAGUGGGUUACGAGACAUACAAGGAAUGUGUGAGAGUGCGUUAGCUUUCGGAUGCGAAUGUUGUUGUAUGUCGUACAUUUCAAAGUUUACUGUAUCUUGCCUUGCACUUUACGAAAAACGCAAACUUAAAUGGGGAAAAAAGACAUUGUGUGCAUGUGUGCGUGUGUGUUUAAGAUUUGAGUGUUUUUUAAAUUAAUUUGAUGACAAAAUCUUUUAUUUAUGAUAAAUGUAUACGGACAAAAGUGUGUUGAUACAAUGUAAUAUAUCUAACCAAAUGUUUAUGAAUGAUGAAUAUAUUAAGAUGUAUACACAAAUGUUUAUUACAUCAGUGGUUGUACAAUAACUCCCACAGCAGCUUGAGAUUUCCCAUUUAUUGCCAAUGUAAUUAAUGUGAUUUAAUGUCAUUUCACUGCCACAGCAAUGUCAUUUAAGUGUCUUUCCAAUGUAACACCAAUUGGUAUUUAAUUACUGUUUAAAAAAGUAAUGAAUAUUGAAUCUAUUCCAACUUUUAAGCCAAAGUUAUAAUGGAGUUCUCCAGUGUUAUCACAGACUACUGAUGAAUUGUUUACACAGAAAAAAGAUGUCAUUUUCAGCCUAUGUUUAGCCAAUAUUUGGGUGAACAUUUGUGUAUAAUUUUGAAACUGUAACAUCGACUUAGGCAGCCUAACUUGUGCUUUUCUCGCCAUUUGUUGUGCUGAAAACUGAACGCAAGUUGUGUCACGUCUGGGGAACGCACAUUCAUGGAAGCCAUUUUGGAAUUUAAAAAAAACAUUGCCAAUGUUAGAGUCUUAAACCAAUGAUUUCAUAAGUUUUCUUUAGUUACUUUUUACACAUAAUUUGUUGCUUUUAAAACAAUUGUUGUGAAUGUACGUUGUUUUUUUUUUUCAAAACGGCAAAAAUGUAUUUGACUGAAACUCUUCCAAGGAGUUCUGUGAGGCUGAAAAAAAUCAAACUCAAACUAACAAACAUACGACAAACACUCCACCAUGUUUGUGCAACAGUUGCUUCAUUGACGACAUUUGUGAACGCACCCCUUGAUCUGAACAGCCUACAUAUACUGAGACUGUGUGCGCAAUGCUGGAAGCCAGACUAGGUGUUGCACGACUUUGUACGUCGCGAGGUGUUUUAUUGUGUUAUUGUGUGCAGUGUGUAACAAAGACAAAGUCAGCGCAAACUCUUGGAGAUUAAAUGAAUUAUUGAAGUGUGAA